CUUAUUGGUCUGUGGCCAUAACUAAAAAAAAAGUUUCAAGUUGAACGUGAAUUUAUCUUAUAUCAAAAAACUGAUUAAGUACUAAAUAAAAUAUGCUAUCCUUACAAAAGAUCGAUAAUAAACGUAACUGUACAUAAUUUGUUGAGUAAUGUCGAAUUUCGUGAUACCUGUAGAUCGAGUUGUUGAUUUGGUAAAGAAUUUGCUUGAUGGCACUCGUUGCCCUAUUUGUGAUACGUCAGUUGGUAACCGUAUCAGGUAUCCUUGCGGGCACAUUGGAUGUACUGAUUGCGUGACAGAGGGUUGUACACUUUGUCUUACGCCACCAAUCGCUUCGGCUGCUAUAAAUACCGUUGAUGAGCCUUUCACGAAACGUGUCAAAAAUGCUAAUAGCCUGUUAAAUAUUUGUCAGGAGACAUUUAACGUUGAUGUAUAUAAAUAUCGUAGAAUCUCAGAACAAUUGAAAAUAGAAAAAGAUUUAUUCCCAGAAUGUAUACAAGCUCCAGUAAAAUAUUCUAACAAAAGAAAAAGUUUAAUAUCAAAUGAUAACAAGGAAAAUUAUCCACAUUUAUUAUUUCCUGGAGAAAACGUAUCACCUAAGAAGCAAAUUAAAAUGAAAAAGCAUGGUAGUUUUCUGAAUCAGUGGCUUGAUGAGAAUGUGACGCAUUCAAGGAAAGUAUUUUCUGAGUUAAAUGUUAAUCAACAAAGUAAUAUUAUAAGAGAUAAAAAAGUGAAAGAUAAUCUUGCAAGUAGUAGAAAAAGGAUACAAACUUAUUCACAUAUGAGACAAUAUGAAGAUUCAUUAACAAAAAAGAAAAAAUAUAAAACACAAAUUUCUGAAAAUAAAACUGUUCAGAAAGAUAAUUUACAUAAAAAACAACUGCACGAAGACAGUGGUAUAUUUAUUGAUGAUGAAUCCAUUUGUAUACAAGAUGGUCAAAGUGAAAUAGUUGACAAAGAUAAAUUAGCUUUUCUUGCUGUAGAGCAAGCUGAUAAGGAAGACCAAAAUUCCAUUUCUUUUAGAUCAUUGGAUCACCGACAAGAAAGUAAAUCUGAAGAUGUUUUACAAGCUUCUAAAUCAACUAAUUUGCAUCAUCAGAUCAAAGUACCCUUUUACAAAAAGAGUUAUUUACUAGAAACAUGUGCUGUCUGUAAGGAAACAGAAUCAUUUCAUUAUGAAAAAACAUAUAAGAAUGUAUCAGUGUCAUUAGAAAGUAAUGAUUUCAUUACCACAAUAAAAAUAUCUGAUGUUGGAAAUCAUCAGAAGAAAUCAGUCGGCAUUCAAACUGAUAUUAAUAGUAAUUGUAGUGAAGAGAAAAUGGAUGUAAUAAAUUCUACAGUGAAAAAGAAUGAGACCAUUUCAGAUGAAAUACAAAUAAAAGAAAGUCAAGAUAUAUUUAUUGAUGACUCUCAGUUAAAUAACAGUUGUGAUAUAAAAAAGAAAGAUAAUGUUAUUAUUGAUAUUGAAUCUGAUUUAAUAUUACCCAGAAAUAAAACUGUUAUUAUUGAAGAUUCUGAUAGUGAUACAACUAAUGAAGAAUCAACUUAUUUGCAUGUUUCUGCAGAUGUUCAUGUGUCAUGUGAACCACAUGAUUAUGGCAUUCUCAGUGAAAUUAAUACUGAUGAGUCAAUCUGCAGAUCAAGAAAUAAAGUUAGAGGAGCCACUCCAGACAGCAGCAACUCUUCAGAAAAAGAAAAUUGUGAUCCCAAUAAAAUUAAAAAAAUUAAAGGAUUAAAAAAACCUAAAAGUACAAAAAAGAUGUAUGUUUAGUUGUUAAAUACUUAUCUUGAUAAAUAUGAAGAAAUAUAUAUUUUAUACAAGUUAAUAUGCCUUCAUUUUUCCAAUCCAACGAAAAUUU